AUGACUAUCUCAAACCACACUGGUACCAGUCACACUGUCUUCCAUUUGCUGGGUAUCCCUGGCCUGGAGGAUCAGCACAUCUGGAUUUCCAUCCCCUUCUUCAUUUCCUAUGUCAUUGCCCUGCUUGGAAACAGCCUGCUCAUCUUCAUCAUCCUCACGAGGGCCAGUCUCCAUGGACCCAUGUACCUGUUCCUGUGCAUGCUGGCUGGGGCAGACAUCAUCCUCUCCACCUGCACAGUUCCUCAGGCCUUGGCCAUCUUCUGGUUCCAUGCUGGGAAGAUCUCCCUGGAUGGCUGCAUCACUCAGCUCUUCUUCAUCCAUUCCACUUUCAUCUCCGAGUCCGGGAUCUUGCUGGUGAUGGCAUUUGACCGCUACAUUGCCAUUUGCCACUCUCUGAGGUACACCACCAUUCUUACUCAUACACUGAUUGGGAAAAUUGGAGUGACUAUCUUUCUGAGAAGUUAUGGUACAAUUUUCCCCAUAAUAUUUCUUCUGAAGAGAUUGACUUUCUGCAAAAAUAAUAUCAUACCCCAUACCUAUUGUGAACAUAUUGGCUUGGCCAAAUAUGCUUGCAGUAGCAUUCGAGUGAACAUCUGGUAUGGAUUUUCCGUCCUGAUGUCAACGGUCGUCUUAGACGUUCUGCUAAUUUUUGUUUCCUAUGUGCUGAUUCUUCGCGCCAUCUUCCGCAUGCCUUCCCAAGAUGCUCGCCACAAAGCUCUCAACACAUGUGGCUCUCACAUUUUCAUCAUCAUCCUCUUCUAUGGGCCUGGAAUCUUCACAACCCUGACUCAGAGGUUUGGGCGUCACAUUCCACCUCAUAUCCACAUCUUGCUGGCUAACGUCUGCAUUUUGGCUCCACCUAUGCUGAAUCCCAUCAUUUAUGGGAUCAGGACCAAGCAAAUCCAGGAGCAGGCGCUUCAAGUCUUAUUUACAAGGCAGAAGUAA